CAGCAGAGGACAGGUUAGUAAUUUCCCACAACUAGGGUUUUUCAUAUAAGCAUAAAGCCCCGCCUCACUCUCACUUUCCUGUCUCUGAAACCCUAGCGUCCCUCUGGAGAUUUGCACUUGUGAGGCAGUGAAAAGCUUAAUUCACUCUCUCUGCAAAAAUGGGUAUUUCUCGUGAUUCGAUGCACAAGAGGCGUGCCACUGGAGGCAAGAAGAAGGCAUGGAGGAAGAAGAGAAAGUAUGAGCUCGGAAGGCAGCCUGCAAACACAAAACUGUCUAGUAACAAGACAGUCAGGAGAAUUAGGGUUAGAGGUGGAAAUGUGAAGUGGCGUGCUUUGAGGCUUGAUACUGGAAACUACUCCUGGGGAAGUGAGGCUGUUACUAGAAAGACCAGAAUUCUUGAUGUGGUGUACAAUGCAUCUAACAAUGAGCUGGUUCGUACUCAAACCUUGGUGAAGAGUGCCAUUGUCCAGGUUGAUGCUGCACCAUUUAAACAGUGGUAUCUUCAGCACUAUGGAGUUGAUAUUGGCCGCAAGAAGAAAGUUGCGGCUACCAAGAAGGAAGGAGAGGAAGGUGAAGGUGCUACUGAGGAAGUGAAGAAGAGUAAUCAUGUUUUGAGAAAGCUGGAGAAGAGACAGCAGACUCGCAAGCUUGAUCCUCAUAUUGAAGAACAAUUUGCUGGUGGUCGUCUAAUGGCUUGUAUCUCAUCACGCCCUGGUCAGUGUGGCCGUGCUGAUGGGUAUAUUCUGGAGGGUAAGGAGCUGGAGUUCUACAUGAAGAAGAUCCAGAGGAAGAAGGGCAAGGGAGCUGGGGCUGCCUAAAAUUUUGCAAUCCAAACUUUCUAUUCAGAUCAGACUUGUCUCCCCCCUCUUUCUUUUCCUUGUGUCUGGAGAUUGUAUUUUUUAUGAGAUGAGAGAUUAAACUUGUAGCAGCAACUAUUAUUAUCGUUGAAUUCCCAAUUAGAAACCUAAUAUUGUCUUUUAUUUAACAGCAGCAUAAGAUGAUCUUUUGAUUUUGUAUGGCCUGUUGAUGGUAAUAUUGCUGUCAUAUGAUGAGAGUUGUGUUUUUUUUC